UAUAAAGCUCUGUGCCAGUGACUAGUCCCCUGUUGUUAGAGCUGGUGUGGAAUCAUGGUUCUGCAUGGGAUGAAGCUGCUGGUUCUUGGAAUCUUUCUAGUGUCCUUGGUUUCUUUAAGUUCACCUGCUGCCAUAAGAGAUAAAGUGGGAGUCAGAGAGAAGCGCGCAAUGCCUAACUGGAGCAUGUCUGCAUCAGAUUUCUAUGGCUGGGUGGAGGAGCUGCGCCAACUGGCUGCCUAUGAUAAGUCUGAGGAGUUGGCCAGAAUCUAUUGGGCCCAUUUUCCAGUUGCGUCCCAGCUGGGUUAUGAUGUACCUGAGCAAGAAGAAUAGACAUGACAGCUUGAUCUCUAAACUGAAACAUUAACUGCUGAAAUCAUUUAUUUUUUACAGUGGAUACAUGAAUAAGAUAAAUCUUUUAUAGUUCUAUAAUAUUUGGGUUAAAAGCAUUUUGUUUUUAAUAAAUAUAUUCUUUUUUGCACAAGCA